AUGCCAGUCCGCAGGGGCCACGUCGCGCCCCAAAACACUUACCUGGACACCAUCAUCCGCAAGUUCGAGGGCCAGAGUCGUAAGUUCCUGAUCGCCAAUGCUCAGAUGGAGAACUGCGCCAUCAUUUACUGCAACGACGGCUUCUGCGAACUCUUCGGCUACUCCCGAGUGGAGGUGAUGCAGCGACCGUGCACCUGCGACUUCCUCACAGGCCCCAACACCCCGAGCAGUGCCAUGUCCCGCCUGGCACAGGCCUUGCUGGGGGCCGAGGAGUGCAAGGUGGACAUCCUCUACUACCGCAAGGAUGCCUCCAGCCUCCGCUGCCUGGUGGACGUGGUGCCCGUGAAGAACGAGGAUGGAGCUGUCAUCAUGUUUAUCCUCAACUUCGAGGACCUGGCCCAGCUCCUGGCCAAGAGGAGCAGCCGCAGCCUGUCCCAGCGCCUGCUGUCCCAGAGCUUCCUGGGCUCUGAGGGCUCUCACGGCAGGCCGGGUGGACAGGGGCCUGGCACGGGCAGGGGCAAGUACAGGACCAUCAGCCAGAUCCCGCAGUUCACGCUCAACUUCGUGGAGUUCAACCUGGAGAAGCACCGCUCGAGCUCCUCCACGGAGAUUGAGAUCAUCGCACCCCACAAGGUGGUGGAGCGAACACAGAACGUCACUGAGAAGGUCACCCAGGUCCUGUCCCUGGGUGCAGACGUGCUGCCAGAGUACAAGCUGCAGGCGCCGCGCAUCCACCGUGGGACCAUCCUGCACUACAGCCCCUUCAAGGCCGUGUGGGACUGGCUCAUCCUGCUGCUCGUCAUCUACACGGCUGUCUUUACGCCCUACUCGGCCGCCUUCCUGCUCAGCAACCAGGACCAGUCACAGCGUGGGGCCUGUGGCUACACCUGCAGUCCACUCACCGUGGUGGAUCUCAUCGUAGACAUUAUGUUUGUCGUGGAUAUUGUCAUCAAUUUCCGCACCACCUAUGUCAACACCAAUGACGAGGUGGUCAGCCACCCCCGCCGCAUCGCUGUCCACUACUUCAAGGGCUGGUUCCUCAUUGACAUGGUGGCUGCCAUCCCCUUCGACCUGCUCAUCUUCCGCACUGGCUCUGAUGAGACCACAACCCUGAUUGGGCUGCUGAAGACAGCACGGCUGCUGCGGCUGGUGCGUGUAGCACGGAAGCUGGACCGCUACUCUGAGUAUGGGGCGGCUGUGCUCUUCCUGCUCAUGUGCACCUUUGCGCUCAUUGCACACUGGCUGGCCUGCAUCUGGUACGCCAUCGGCAAUGUGGAGCGGCCCUACCUGGAACCCAAGAUCGGCUGGCUGGACAGCCUGGGCGUGCAGCUCGGCAAGCGCUACAAUGGUAGUGACCCAGCCUCAGGCCCCUCGGUGCAGGACAAGUAUGUCACGGCCCUCUACUUCACCUUCAGCAGCCUCACCAGCGUGGGCUUCGGCAACGUCUCACCCAACACCAACUCUGAGAAGGUCUUCUCUAUCUGCGUCAUGCUCAUUGGCUCCCUCAUGUACGCCAGCAUCUUCGGCAACGUGUCGGCCAUCAUCCAGCGCCUGUACUCGGGCACCGCGCGCUACCACACGCAGAUGCUGCGCGUCAAGGAGUUCAUCCGCUUCCACCAGAUCCCCAACCCGCUGCGGCAGCGCCUCGAAGAUUACUUCCAGCACGCCUGGUCCUACACCAACGGCAUUGACAUGAACGCGGUGCUGAAGGGCUUCCCCGAGUGCCUGCAGGCCGACAUCUGCAUGCACCUGCACCGCGCGCUGCUGCAGCACUGCCCGGCCUUCAGCGGCGCCAGCAAGGGCUGCCUGCGCGCGCUCUCCGUCAAGUUCAAGACCACGCACGCGCCGCCUGGGGACACGCUGGUGCACCUCGGCGACGUGCUCUCCACGCUCUACUUCAUCUCCCGCGGCUCCAUCGAGAUUCUGCGCGACGACGUGGUCGUGGCCAUUCUAGGGAAGAAUGACAUCUUUGGCGAGCCUGUUAGCCUCCAUGCCCGGCCGGGCAAGUCCAGUGCAGAUGUGCGGGCCCUGACCUACUGCGACCUGCACAAGAUCCAGCGGGCAGACCUGCUGGAGGUGCUGGACAUGUACCCUGCCUUCGCGGACAGCUUCUGGAGUAAGCUGGAGGUCACCUUCAACCUGCGGGACGCAGACGGGGGUCUCCAGUCAUCACCCCAGCAGGCUCCAGGCAGCCAAGAUCAUCAGGGCUUCUUCCUCAAUGACAACCAGUCAGGUGAGCCCCUCCAAGCUGGUCCCCAGCUCCCCUCCCAGGGCUACAGCUUCCUGGGUCCUGGAAGCCAGACCUCCAUGGGGGCAGGACCUCAUGCUUCAGGGCACCCAGGUAAAGCCCCUUCCCUGAGCAUCUCAGGUACAUCUGGCCUCUGGCCUGAGUUGCUGCAGCAAAUGCCCCCAAGGCACAGCCCCCUGAACCCUCAAAGAGACCCAGACUGCUGGCGUCAGGAGCUAGGUUCCAGGCUGGAGCAGCUCCAGGCCCAGGUGAACAGGCUGGAGUCCCGCAUGUCCUCAGACCUCAGCCGCAUCCUGCAGCUGCUUCAGCAGCCAGUGCCCCAGUGCCACCCCAGCUACACUCUGGGAGCCCCUGCCUCCAACGACCUGGCCUUGUUUCCUACUGUCUCAGAGAUUCAGAGUCCAGGGCCCAGGCUGCCCCCUGCACAGACCCCAAGCUAUGGUGACUUGGACAAAUAUACACCGAAGAACAGGAAUUCCUCCUCCAGGAUGCCUCACCCAGUCAUGGCAAUGGACAAAACUCUGACACCUUCCUCAGAACAGGAGAAGCCUGAGGGACUCCUGUCACCCCUGGCCUCACCUCUGCAUCCCCUCGAGGUACAGGGACUGGUCUGUGGUCCCCGCUUCUUUUCCCUCCCUGAACACCUUGGCACUGUUCCCAAGCAACUGGAGUUCCAGAGACAUGGCUCAGAUCCUGGAUAUGCAAGGAGUUAG